AAACUGUCAGUUUAACUAAAGCGUGGUUGGUCUUAUGCUUUUCUUUUAGGUCUGUGGGUCUUAUAAAAAAUGAUUUCAUAUUGUCCAAUAUGUGGGAAGCCUGUUUAUUUUGCUGAGAGGAAACGAUCCCUAGGCAAAGACUACCAUCCAUUGUGCCUGAAAUGUUACCAGUGCAAAAGACAGCUCAGUGCUGGCCAGCAUGCAGAGCAUGACAAUAAACCAUAUUGUAAUCGUUGUUAUCUUCUUCAUUUUGGACCCAGAGGGACACGCGGAGUGACAUCUCACUCAUCACAUACCAUCAGAUCCGCUCAUACUCCUACCCUGUCAGUGGAAAAUCAAAAGAGAUCUUAGUGACCACAAUUUGUGAAACGUGGAUCAAAUGAUUCCCCCCUUAUAUGAAACAUGUCAAGAAUUCAAUAGCUUUCAAUAUUAUAUAAAGGAGCUUCUUUAUGCAACAUGUUCAAAAAACAUAUCGUUUGUAAUUUUAACACUUAUUAAGUAAAAAGCAAAAUACUGCAUUAAUUAUGCUUUACUGUUUAUUAACAAUAAACAUCUGACAGUCAUAGCUGUAAGGCGUGUAUGCUAAAAUACAUUUUGUUUUUUAUGCUUUCUGUUUUAUAAUAAAGGUUUCUAUGAAAAA